AUGCGAAAUGAUAAAUGCGAUGAGCUGCGAAAAUUAAUUCUUUGGACCAUGGCGGCGCUCACGAAAAAGCAGCAAAAAGCGCAGCGGUUUCGCAAGGGUGAGAAGAAAGACAAGAAUGCAGAAGCAGUGAGACAGAAGGAGUCGCUGGAGUUUUCUGACGACGAAAACGACACUGUGAAGCCGGAAUCGACACCCUCAACUGAAACCAACAACAACGAGGAAAGUUCCAAAAAACGUUCUGCGUCAGAAACCGACGAGCCACAGCCUAAGAAGCGGAAAACAAGGCGUGGUAAGAAAGGGAAGGGGGUCAAUGGCGGAAAAGGACCAAGAUUCAUUCUUUUUGUAGGAAAUCUUCCCUACGACGUUACCCAGGAACAGCUUUCAGCCCACUUCAAAAGCUGUAAACCGGACCGAAUUCGCAUUAGACAAGAUAAGGGCAUUGCAUUCAUGGAGUUUGACAACGAUACCAAAGAAAUCCAGCAUAAAAUGGGCGUAGCACUUGCAUUGCACCACAGCACAAUGAAGAACAGAAAAAUCAAUGUUGAGUUGACGGUUGGUGGAGGAGGCAAUUCCGAGGCUCGAGUCACCAAACUCAAGGAGAAGAACGAAAAAGCACGCACAGAACGAAAGGAACUUAUUCAGAAGAAGGGAAAGAAAGAGGUGCCUGCGGGAGUGCAUCCGUCACGAGCAGCAUUAAUGAAGUGA